CGAUUAUUCUGUCCUUUCCCUCUCUCAGUUUCCCUGUGUCCUUCUUGUCUCCUGCGUCACCUCUCCACGCGUAUUUCGCGCCGUUCUUCACCGUCUGUCGCGCGGUCUGUCGCACACCGUCUUCUCCGCCCUCCUCCCUUUUUCCACCCGCGUUGCGUUUAUCUCUGCCCAUUUCUUCCGUGAACACACAUUAUUUGCUCUUGAACUGGUGACCAGUACCUUUUCAGGUCGUGGAACUCUCGCCUUGGCUGGCACAAGGAGACGCAAAUAACACCAUGGAGGACGAAGGGAGCAGCGACGCCCUCCAGCCCCUCCUCGUUCUGAUCAACCCCCACACAGGUCAAACACUCGUUCCAGCUGCUUCCUUCCCUGCCCCUCCUCCUCGGUCGCCGUAUCCAGUCUUCCCUCCCGCCUUCGUCUCCUCUUCAGCGCGCCUCUCUCCAGCGGAAUCCGGGCGUCUCUCCAAAAAUUCUUCGGUUCCUGCUCUCUCUCCGCUGCAGUCUGCUUCUGCGUCUUCUUCUCUGUGCCCGUGGAAGGCCUCGACAGACAUCCCUGUCGCAGCUCCUGGUCAAGCUGUUUGGGUUCUCUACCACCGGCCUCAGUCCGCAUAUGGAGGAGACGCCUCUCAUUCUCCUCGCGACCCCUCUGCAACCGAUGCACCUUCUUCUUCCUCUCCCUCUACUUCCUCUUCUUCCUCUUCCUCCUCCUCUCCCUCUUCUUCCUCCUCUCCCUCUUCUUCCUCCUCGUCUUCCUCUUCCUCGUCGUCUUCGUCUUCUUCGUUGUAUAGCUUUCCUUUGAGGGAAGGUGGAAGCGAGAAACGCGGACGCGGCAGUCCGACUCGGCGUCCGGUGCUCGGUUCCGGAGAUACGAGUUCCUCUCAGUCUCCACCUUCUUCGCGACCGUCGUCGACGCUUUCUUCUCCGUGUGUCUCUGCUUCUUCCUUCGUCUUUCGUCGCUCGUCGUCCUCUUCAGCGGCCGCGCCUGCGACGGCUCCUGCCCCGACGGCGCGGCAGCUUCUGUUCUCUCACCAGUGGCGUCUUAAUCUCUGUGUUCUUCGAGAGGCUUUCAAUGUGUCUUCACUUCUCUCCUCUUCGCUUCCAGAGGCUCGCUGUGUCGCACUCGCUUGCCCUGUGGGGUCAUGUCCGGACGCAAGAGCUCCAAGCGAAAACUCUGCUGCGGGAGAAAGAGCGACCCAGCAGCCUCCUCUCUCCGCAAGAAGGAGGGCCAGAAGAGGAGAGACAGCGCGAGACGCAGACGCACGGGAUGAGGACGAGGAGGCGAGAGUGGAGAGACUGGUGCGAGAGUCGAGGAAGAGAGUGGCGAUGAAAUACGCGUUUCUCUUGAACAGACAAAACGUCGAAGAGCAAGAAGCGCCUUCCAAAGAGGCGCCCGAAGAGGACAGAGACGGAAGCAAAAGUGAAACUGCGCUCGCGCGACACCCCAACACCAACGGCAAGGCGGAGACACAAGGCCGACAAGAAGAGGGAGAAGACCAAGCAUGGAGAGGAGAAGAGGAGGGAGAAGAAGAAGAGGGAGAAGAAGAAGAGAGGGAUCGCAGAGAAAGAGAAAAGAAACAGAAAGCAGACUUGUAUUUGAGACUUGAAGCUUGGAAUUGGGGCGCUCGCGCAAAGGAACACCGAGAGCUUCUCCGCAAAGUCCAGGCAGAACUCGACGAAUCUCUCCACCAGCAACAGGUUGCCUUGGCGGAGACUCAGGGGUGUACGUACCGACUGCCCAAGUUACUGUGGCGAGCGUUGGCUGAGGCGAAGGAAUACGAAAGGCUUUUCCAGUCUUUUUCUUUGGAGGAGGCCAACAAACUCUACGGACGCCGAGAUGUGUUUGCGGACUGGCAAAUCGAGAACCAGCGCCUCCGUCGCGCCUUCCUCGCCCAGCUCCAGCACCAGAAUGCGCUGCUGCAGCGGGCGCGCGCGGCGCCUGGCUCGCCGCGGGUGGUCCAGCUCCAGGGCACUCUGGGACCACAGCCUGGCGAAGAGAGAGCAGGCUCUCCUGGCGCCCACAAAGAGCCUUUGCCUUGUCAAGACUCAGACGCGAAGCCGCGUUCAGGGCAAGAGCGAGGCAGAGACAAGGCGAGACGCGUGGUCGAGACCGCCUGCGCGAAAAAGCGAGACAGAGACAGAGAACAAGAUAGCGAGGAAGCGAGGGAAGGAGACGGAGAAGAACGUGGAGAGAAGGGAGCGAAGCGCGAGAAGCAAGAUGAAGAAGAUGCCCUCCUCGAUCAGUUGGAGGCUUACAGAGAGCGAGAGAUUCGCCUGCGACGCCGCCAGGCACACCUGCGCCGCGGCAUCGAACGUGCACUUCACUCUCUUCGCUCUGCUUCGUCUUCCUCUUCCGCUUUGUCUCCCUCGUCGGCUUCCGCUUCACCUUCUGCAUGCAUACGCCGUGGGGGUUUCGCGGAGGUCGGAGGAGGAGGUGCAGUGAAGAAGAGGAAGCGAGAAGGUACCGAGAUGCUGCUUCGGACACUGCUAGCGAGCUUAGACGACUCUCAGUCUCAAGGCGGAGACGCAGAGUCGGACGUCUCCAGCAGUUCCUCGCCUUUCGCUGGCGGCGUCUCUCCGUCUUCUCGCGCUUCUUUCGCGACUCAGCACCAAAAGGAAAAAUCCCAGGGAAAGAGGCCGAGAGGCACAGCGCCGUACCUCGCCUCCGCUGCACUGCGCCACUCCCCACGGGGAGAGGAGACCGCGAGAGAGCAGGGAAAAGGGGAUGAAGACGAAGAAGACGGAGGCGACGAAGAAGGAGAGGACGGGCGCGGCGGAGACGAGGAGAUUCACGGUCGAGGUGCGAGGGAGGAAGAGCGAGGCCGAGAGAGGAGCGAGGAAAGCAACGGGCGGUCUGACGUCGGAAGACCCGCGAACGGCCUUCGUGCUUCUUCUCCCUCUUCGCUUUCGCCUUUCUCUUUCCCCUCUUCUGUGGCGUUGAGAAGAAGAAAGGGACAGCGAGACGCGGAGGAGGCAGGGAGCAGCGAGGAACAGGUUUCUCCAGCUUUCGCCUUGCGAGGAAAGAGGCAAAGGGAGCAGAGCGCGAGCGGAGUUUGCAGGCGGGGGGCCUUGCGGAGGGGAUCGAAGGAGACGCUGGAGGCCCCCAGCGAAGCGGCCAGGAGCGCGUCGCCCAGGAGCAGAGACGCAGGAGGAGGCGCGGGAGAAGAAGGACUUUGCGCCGCCCGGGGAGGAGACAACAACAGAGGUGGCCCACGAAAGGCGAGGAGACACGUUCGCGAAGUGCCGGCGGUUCAGGACGAGACCGCGAGAGAAGCCGCGGCAGGCGUUGGUGGGCCCCGUAGCCGAGCAGAGACGAACGACGAGCACGGGCGCGCAAAAAGCGGAGACGGUGGCGUUCUGACCAAGGGGACGCACGAAAGAGAAGAGACAGAAGAAGAAGUCGAAGCGGAAGGAGAAGGUCGUUUUGUGGGGAGCGACUCGCGAGACGUGCCGGAACGCGCUCCCGACAGGCUUGGUAAGAAAGAAGCGUCUGACGAAGAAGACGAUCCGCAUAUGAUGCUGAUGUUGAUGACUGACGAAGAUAACCGGCACAGCCACAGCAGCAGCUCCUGUCCCUUGGGGGCCAGCGAGAACGGGUCGCGUUCGACCUGGGGCAAGACGCUUCUCCCGGCACCUUCUCUGCCCUCGUCGUUUGCUUCGUCCUUCGCUUCUUCAUCUGCUCUCGCUCUCUCGGCGCGUCCCCUCGCCGUCGCGCGCUCGCAGCCGAGCAGCGAAAGAGCGCCGGAGGUGAAGACGGAAGACGGUGGCAGCGCGAGCAGGGAGGUCGAAGGAGACGAACGCGGCGCAGGAGUGGAGUCUGGCGAAGAAACCCACCUCCUGGGAAGGGAUGUCGCGAGGCCGCUGUCGAAACGAAAAGGGCGAGACAAGGAGAGAGAAGCGGUGACCGAGACCAAGCCGCUUGGGCCUCGACCCGCGAAUGGAGACGCACCGGAACUGCACGCGUCCCCAGACUUCACAGCAAGCGGAGAACAGGGAAAACGAGAAGUUUUGCAAGUGAAACACGAAGAAUAUAACGAGCCGGACAGGCGUCGCGGGUGUGAGCUAUCCGACAAAGAAGGCGGACAGCGCCGCGAAGGCGAGAAAGCCGAGAAACCAGACGCCCUGUCGCGCGACCUCCCGCCGUUACGAGACAGAGAGGCCAGCGCCUUGGGAGACGUGAAUGAUACCCGAGGAGAAGGCAGUGAAAGUGGAGACAAGUGCCGAGAGAGAAAAGAGGAGAGCGACGAGUCUCUGACGAACGGUGGAGGCCCCAGCAGGACCACGGACGCGUCGAACAACCAACUCGCGCGCUCUGAGUCUCCGGUCUCCUCCUCAGGCUCCGCCUCUGCCGCCCAAGAGGGGCAAGAAGGCCCCCGAGCACCCGAAGAGACAAGAGGCGAAGAAUACCUGGAAGACGCCGUGCAAGUCGAACACUUUGGGAAAUACGCAGCCCUUCUGAAGAAAUGGGAGUCCGUCAUGGGAGAGCCUGUCCCUGCGCAGCUUCUCUGGCUCGAUGAGACCAGGCCCGACCGACCGGUGCGCCCGCCGAGCCAAGAUUCCUACAGAGACGGCAGCCUCUUCAUCGAAUGUCUGCAUGUCGAGUCGAAUUUCUUUCGCUUGCUGCACCGCUGCUUCGCCUCAUGCGCAGGCGGCGGCGCGGCCAAGGGUCGCGGCUCUCUGCCCGACCGCCUGCGUGUCUUCAGGAGCCAAAUUCUUGAGGAAAAUGCGGAACUUCACAACAUGAAGAAACAACUGGAUGCGAGUCGCUACCGCUUGAUGAAACAAACCAAACUUUUCCUUGCUCAGGCAAAUUCUCAAUUUAGCAAUUUUCACCAGCUCAAGCGAGGCUAUCGACUUCUGAAUCUCCUCGGCAAAGGAGGCUUCGCAGAAGUUUGGGAGGUAUUCGAUCCUCUAACAUGCGAUGUCCUCGCCGCCAAGCUGCAUGUCUUGUCGUCGGUCGAGAAGGAGAGCGCGCGGUGGCACAUUGUGAAGCGCGUCCAGAAUGAGAUCGAAAUCCAUAAAGACAUUCUUCCUCAUCCCCAUAUCGUCGAAAUGAAGGCAUGUUUCGAGAUGGGGAACGAUGUACUGGCGAGCAUUCUCGAGUUCUGUGAAGGAGGCGACGUGGACCAUUUCCUGAAACUCUCUGGGCCCCUCCGGGAGUCUUUGGCGGCUGAGUGGACGCGCCAGAUUCUGGAAGCGCUUCUGUACCUGAAAAGGCAGCCUGUCGGAGUGAUUCACCAUCUCGACAUCAAGCCAGGAAACGUUCUGCUUCAGCGAGGGAAGUGCAAGCUGGCGGACUUUGGGCUUUCGCGCGUCAUCCCGCGAGAACAAGGGACGCACCUCGCCGAGGGAGCGAACGGGCAGGCGCUUCUCUGGGAGGGCGGCGGAACGCUCUGGUACCAACCGCCGGAGUGUCUCAUUUUCCAGCGGCAGAGACAGGUGAAACGCGCAUGCACUUCCGAGGACGGUCGAAACCUCUCUCCCAGGAAGCGGGCACUCUCGCGGAACCCGGCGCCGCCAGGCGAACCGAGAGCGGCUCCCUCCACUUCCCCUCGAGAGCCGAGGGAGGCUUCUCGGAGACACGAGGCCAAGCUGAGGAGGGGCGGCGAAGAGGACAGAGAAGAGAAACAGAACCUCCUCGCGCUCGCAGACAAAGACCUGGAAGCCUUCUUCCGCGCACUGCCGGUUAUUCGAUCAGUGCCGCUCAAUGAUAAGAUCGACAUCUGGGCCGUCGGGUGCAUCCUGUACGAAAUGCUUUUCAACAAGCGCCCGUUCGGCCCCUCGCCCGCUCAAAAUACAACAGACCCCACACUUGCGCUCAUUCGUGACGCUUACCGCGGUCCAGAGUUCCCAGGGCGCGCCACACCGAGUGAAGCGAGUCGGCAGAAAAGAAGGAAACCCCGAGAGACUUUCAGUCUCAGCGACGACAGAGACAAGCAGCUGUCCCCGCACAGUGGAGAUGAAAAUGAGCCUUCUGACGCGUGCCUCGAUUUGUUGGCGCGACUCCUCUGGUACGAUCCAUCGGGGAGACCGACAGUGGAAGAGGCACUGUGCCAUCCUUUCUUUGUGCAGCACGAAGAGCAAUCGAGAAGGAACGAAGUCUUGAAAGACGCAGAUCCAGAAACGGCAGCACUCUUUGCAGAGCUCGAUGCCAGUGUUCACGCUUUGGAGAGACAAACGUUCACAGGCGCGGUUGACCGAGAAGACGAAGAAGAGGAAAGAUAUCUCAAGGAGGGUCUUGCAGGAAGACCUAAUCUCUGAAGUCGAGGAAAGGCAGAAAGGCAGUGACAGUGGGCGCCCCAGUUUGUUACAGACGAAACAGGGGGUCAUGACGGAAGGCGGAACAAAGGCAAAGAUGAAAUUUGCGUUCUGCUGUUCCUGCCCAAGUGUUUUGUCGCUCUUGCCUGUCUCUUUCUUGCUCUCUUCGCGGUUGCCUCUUAGACUCCUGAUGCGUGACAAGGACACUGUCGCCCUCCCCAGAUAAAGCGAUUUGUUCUUUGACAGUUUCUGCCAUGUGCUUCCAAAAAACUCACACAAGUGCCCUCUUCACUUGUUUGCCCCCUCUGUGCCUCUUGCGUCUCUUCUUUGCGUUUUGCUGAUUCGUGGCGAUUCCUGAUCUUUGCUCAUCCUUUCUGUUUGAGAUCUCUCUCCUUCUCGGUUGCCUCUCUCCCCCUUCUUCUGUUCUUUACAUGCGAGGCUCCGGCGUUUCGUUGUCUCUGGGCCUUGGCUUUCUCGACUACAUUCGCCUGCUCCGACGCGCACCGAGUAGGAACGCCAGCGGCUCUCAUUGAAGAGCAGGUCUGCGACUUUCGCAGAAGCACGACACAGAGCCGUUCAGCGAUCUUUUUUCUCUCCGUAUCCGACAGAGUCCCUUUUUUCAGAUCUCGACGGAAACGCAGACCGGGUGCUCUUUCAGAAGUCGACCAACUGUGUUUUUGCAACACCAUCGCUCACAGAAAAUGUGCACAGACAACGUCAGCGCCCAUGCUUCACAUAGACAGAUACAAGCAUAUACGUACAUGUACACAUGUAUACAUAGGUACAUAUGCCUACUUGCAUCCGUCUAUCUCUAUAUGCAG